CCUUUGUUGGCAGUCUAACGUAAGCAGCCUUCCCUGUCUCACACAAGCCGCCUAUUGGACUGAAAGAAAGAGCCCAAGCGAAGAGCAAGAACUUUGCUGAAAGAGUGGACUACUUUCCGCACGCCUCUUGUAGUGAUUGAGAAGACUGUGUGGUCAGUAUGGGGGGACUGCUCCGAAGGGAUGCUAGCAAGCCCUCCCCUUCUUCUUAGGGAUCCGAGCCUCUCCUUUUCUGGCAAAAAUCCUGCUCGGAUCGAUGAAGUUCGGAGUCUCUGCUGAGUUUUGGAGUUGUCCUGCAUCAAGAAGACUAGGACAGAACCACAGCACAUCAAGCCCACCAGGACUUGGUUCGAGGCCAAGUGGCCUAUCCCGCUCUGGACUUUUCGCAUGUUGGAGGGAGGGGAGAUCAUCGAGCGCUCCCGGAGGAAGAAAAGAUCCAGCAAGUCCUGUAUCCAGCAGAUGAAAAUGUUGGAGAUCUGUUUAAAGUUAGUGGGCUGCAAAUCCAAAAAGGGACUGUCCUCCUCCUCCAGCUGCUAUCUGGAAGAAGCCUUGCAAAGACCAACUAUAUCUGACUUUGAGCCUCAAGGUUUGAGUGAAGCUGCUCGGUGGAACUCCAAGGAAAACCUCUUAUCGGGACCAAGUGAAAAUGACCCCAAUCUGUUUGUUGCGCUGUAUGACUUUGUAGCCAGCGGGGACAAUACUCUCAGCAUCACUAAAGGUGAGAAGCUCCGUGUUUUGGGAUACAAUCACAAUGGAGAGUGGUGUGAGGCCCAGACCAAGAACGGACAGGGCUGGGUGCCCAGUAAUUACAUCACCCCCGUCAACAGCCCUGAGAAGCAUUCCUGGUACCACGGACCUGUGUCUCGAAACGCUGCAGAAUAUCUGCUGAGCAGCGGGAUUAAUGGCAGCUUCCUGGUUCGGGAGAGUGAGAGUAGCCCCGGGCAGAGGUCCAUAUCGCUGAGAUAUGAAGGCAGGGUUUACCACUACCGUAUCAACACUGCUUCUGAUGGAAAGCUUUAUGUGUCAUCAGAUAGCCGAUUCAACACACUGGCAGAGCUGGUCCACCAUCACUCCACUGUGUCCGAUGGACUGAUCACCACACUGCACUACCCCGCUCCAAAACGUAACAAGCCCACUAUCUAUGGUGUGUCACCCAACUACGACAAGUGGGAGAUUGAGAGGACAGACAUCACUAUGAAGCACAAGCUGGGCGGCGGUCAGUAUGGAGAAGUUUAUGAGGGCGUGUGGAAAAAGUAUAACUUGACUGUGGCGGUAAAGACUCUGAAGGAGGACACAAUGGAAGUGGAAGAGUUUUUGAAAGAAGCUUCUGUGAUGAAGGAGGUUAAACACCCCAACCUGGUGCAAUUGUUGGGGGUUUGCACGCGGGAACCCCCGUUUUAUAUAAUUACGGAGUUCAUGACAUACGGUAACCUGCUGGAUUACCUGCGGGACUGCAAUCGGCAGGAGGUGACAGCCGUGGUGCUGCUCCAUAUGGCAACUCAGAUCUCAUCUGCUAUGGAGUAUUUAGAGAAGAAGAACUUCAUUCACAGGGAUCUUGCAGCCAGAAACUGCCUCGUUGGGGAAAACCACUUGGUAAAAGUAGCUGAUUUUGGUCUAAGCCGUUUGAUGACAGGCGACACGUAUACUGCCCAUGCAGGGGCUAAAUUCCCCAUUAAGUGGACUGCCCCUGAAAGCUUAGCUUACAACAAGUUCUCCAUCAAGUCGGAUGUGUGGGCUUUUGGUGUUUUAUUGUGGGAAAUUGCAACAUAUGGCAUGUCCCCUUACCCUGGCAUUGAUCUGUCACAAGUGUACGAACUGCUGGAGAAGGAUUAUCGCAUGGAGCGUCCGGAGGGCUGCCCUGAGAAAGUGUAUGAACUCAUGAGAGCAUGUUGGCAGUGGAACCCUCUUGACCGGCCAUCCUUUGCUGAAAUUCAUCAAGCCUUUGAGACCAUGUUCCAGGAGUCCAGUAUAUCAGAUGAGGUGGAGAAAGAGCUGGGGAAAAAAGGUCUCAAGGUUACGGUCAGCAAUCUCUUACCACCCCCUGAACUUCCAACAAAGACUAGGACAACCAGAAGAGUGGCUGAGAACAAGGAAGAUAACAUAGAUACCUCACAUGUCCGGGGAGCCGGGGAACAAGAUGUCUUGGAAAUUGAGCCAGCUGUUUCUCCUCUUGUGCCUCGCAAGGAGAGAGGUGGAGCUACAGAUGGUGUACUUCCAGAAGAUGACCGUCUGUUUCCCAGUCAGAAAAAAAACAAUAUCUUCAGUACUCUGAUCAAAAGGAAAAAGAAGACCGCUCCUACCCCACCCAAACGUAGCAGUUCAUUUCGUGAAAUGGAACAAAGGUGUUUAGAGGGAGAAAAUAGAGAUCCCAGUUUUGGAGGCGACCUUGAUGCUCUAAAAUUUUCAAGUAAUGGUGUGGCCAUGACUAAUGGCUCAGUGCAAGGGAGCACCAGUUUUCUGCCCUCACAGUGGAAAAAGUGUGGCACAGUGGUAGGUCGGCAGCCACCACCAGGUGAAGAGGAUAGUAACAGCAACACAGGCAAACGAUUUCAAAGAUCCUCCUCUGCAUCCUGUAUGCCCCAUGGAUCCAAAGACAUGGAGUGGAGGUCAGUCACUCUUCCUAGGGAAAUGCCAUCAACCAGGUGUAAUUUGGAUGUAUCUAGUUCUGGGAGCAGCCAAAAAAGUGAAAAACCAGCUCUGCCUCGAAAGCGAGGCAAUGAAGGCAAACCAGACUUUUCAUGUCCCAGAGGGGCAGUCACACCACCUCCUCGUUUACCCAAAAAAGGUGAGGAGCCUGUGGAUGAAGUGUUUAAAGACCCAGAACCAAGUCCAGAAUCUAGUCCACCCAACCUUACACCUAGAUUACCACGUAGAAAACCUGGUGGCCCUUCCUCUUCUGCAUUACAAAAGGAGGAGACCGGAAACAUCAAAACUGGGUUAGACCUGGUUUCCUUGGUCAGACAACCAACAGGUUCAGGUAAAGCUGAAGCAGAACUUCGUCUCCGGAGACUAAAGCCAACUGAAACACAAAACAAAGACAAAAUUAAACCAUUGAAGGUCAAACCGAGCCCACCGCUACUACUUUCCAGCCCAGCCACUUCCUUGUCUUCCACCAGCUCCUCUAACUUGGGUAAGUCUACCAAACUUUCCUCCCAGACCCCAAGUCAUGAUUCCAGCACAAGUGAAACUAAGCACAAACCGACAAACCAGAGCGAGGAGCACUCAAGAAUAAGCUCUUCUGUGACUGACAUUGCCAAGAAGACAGUAUUAAUGUCCAACACCAAACCCCAGCCUUCAGAAAAAAGGGCUGGAUCUCAGGCAGGCAUAGGAGGAGCAGCCGAUCAAGCACAGCAACCAGCAACGUCUUCCACUGCUUUUAUUCCCCUCCUUUCCACGAGAGUUUCCUUGCGGAAGACCCGCCAACCUCCAGAGAAACUGCUGAGUGGAACAGUCACAAAGGAGACUUUAUUGGAGAGCACAGAGUGCCUCCGAGCUGCCAUCAACCGUAACUCUGAACAAAUGGCUAGCCACACUACAGUACUUGAGGCUGCCAAAAACCUACACGCUUUCUGUACCAGUUACGUGGACUCUAUUCAACAAAUGAGGAACAAGUUCGCUUUCAGAGAAGCCAUGAGCAAGCUGGAGAACAGUCUCCGAGAUCUUCAAAUCUGCCCCGCUGCUGUCUCCACUGGAGGAGGACCUGCCACACCUCAGGACUUUAGCAAGCUGCUUGCCUCUGUAAAAGAGAUCAGUGAUGUAGUCCAGAGGUAGCAUUUGAAAUUCAGGGUUUUAAAUUCAAGCUGAGAAUAGAGGACAUCAGGGGGACAAUUGAACAAGUCUCAACCCUUGCUCAUUCCUUGGGGGUCAAGCUCGGUCAUCAUGGUUGCUUUAAUACUGAUGCCUCAAAGAAGUGUUAUGCAUCUGAACUUUGGUUUGGUGACAUUGAGGCCUGUUAUGCCAUUUGACAUCACAGAUUCACACCUUUCCUUAAAAGAGCACACUCCUUUUUUCACUCUACUCAAGAGACUGCAGUUCUCUCUGACACGGACCUUAGGGGUCUACAGCUUUCUUUUUUUGUUAAAGUCCUUAAUUCUUCACAAUACUGGAACCUGUGUGGGACUUGUAUGCAGGCAGUAUUGUAAAACAGAACCAAUGCCAUUGUCUAACACUGCUACUUCCUUAUUGCCACUGCCUCAUGCGAUAGAGAACACCAGGAAAUGAAGGGGGAUGAUUAUUCUGGCCUUCUCUGGGCAAACAAAUUCUUGAAGAGUGCACAGAUCCCAAAAACAUUCCAAAACUUUUUACCUGAAAUGUAUUGAGCACAUUAAAAAGGACAAUGUUGCAUUCCAUGUUUUAAUUUAGUAGUUAUCUCUAGCAGAGUUCUGUUGGGAUAGCUGUUUCUCAUUUCCUCUUUAAGCAA